AUGGAAGAGUUUGAUGUUGGUCUGCAUGGAUUACAACUGGUUGUGCAACAACUUGUUAGGGUUGUCGUCGGACAACAACAUGAGGGUGAUCAAAGACAUGAAAUCUCAAAAGCGAACAAGAGGUUUCACUUUGGAAAUUGUUCUACAUAUGGUAAUGGUAAGGUGUGCUAUCAAUGUGACCAAGUAGGUCACAUUAGGAGAGGUUCAAGAACAUCUCAACAUGGAGGUAGAGGAUUUGGUGGUAGAGGUCAGAUACCAGCAGGAAGAGGUCAGAUGCGAGUGUUUGCUUUGACUCGUCAGGAUGCUCUGACAUCCAAUGCAGUAGUGACAAGUAUAUUUUUUAUUUGUUCGAGAGAUGCUGAUGUUUUGUUUGAUCCUGGAGCCACUCAUUCUUUUGUAUCCUUGUGGUUUGCUACUCGACUUGGUAAAUGUUCAUAUUCUUUAGAAGAGGCUUUAGUUAUGGCUCCACCUGUUGGAGGAAAUUUGCUUGCUAAGUCGGUGUAUUGUUCUUGUGAUAUAACUAUUGAGGGCAAGGUGUUGCUAGUAGAUUUAGUAGUUAUUGACUUGAUAGAUUAUGAUGUGAUUUUGGGUAUGGAUUGUUUGGCUUUUCAUCAUGACACUUUGGAUUGUCAUAACAAAGUGGUGAAAAUUGAGAUACCGGGGCAAUUAGUCUUCUCAUUUCAAGGAGAACGUUGUUGGGUACCACAUAACCAAAUCUUAACCUUGAGAGCUAGCAAGUUAAAGAGAAGAUGUUGUCAAGCGCACUUAGCCUUGGUAAGGGAUAUACAAGUGGUUGAGGAGAAAUUGGAAAAAAUUCCAAUAACAUGUGAAUUUCUAGAUGUUUUUCCUGAAGAACUUCCUGGGUUGCCACCUAAUAGGGAGAUUGAGUUCUCUAUAGACUUAGUUCCUAACACUCAUCAUAUAUCCAUACCUCCUUAUCGUAUGGCCCCAACAAAACUUAAGGAGUUAAGGGAGCAACUUCAAGAUCUUCUUGAUAUGGGUGUUAUUCUCCCAAGUUCUUCUCCUUGGGAAGCACCAAUAUUAUUUGUAAAGAAGAAAGAUUGA